AUGGUUACUGUUAGAUGUGUUGUUUCUUUAGCUGUUCAAAACAGUUGGAGUCUUUUUCAGUUAGAUAUAAAUAAUGCUUUUUUAUAUGGUGAUCUAAAUGAAGAAGUUUAUAUGACUUUCCCUGAAGGCUAUUAUGAUGCCAAAGAUAAACAUGUGUUUAAAUUGAUUAAGUCUCUAUAUGGGUUGAAACAGGCACCACGGCAGUGGUAUGCCAAGUUGUCUUCAUGCCUAUAUGAAAAUGGUUUCAUUCAAAGUAUAAAUGAUUAUUCUUUGUUUACAAAGAGUGUUGGUUCUGUUUUUGUCAUUCUUUUGGUUUAUGUUGACGAUAUAGUUGUGACUGGAAACUCUGUUUCCGAAGUUAACAAUAUUAAGAAUUUCUUGAAAAGCAAAUUUUUAGUAAAAGAUUUAGGAAAAUUAAAGUUCUUUCUGGGCAUUGAAAUUAUGGAAUAUGAUAGUGGUAUUUGUAUGUCACAAAGGAAAUACUGCUUAGAGCUUCUUAAUAACUUUGGUUACUUAGGUUCUAAGCCUUGUAACACUCCCAUGGAUAUGAAUUUGAUUAUUACUAAUUCUUCUAAUGUAAAUGAUCCUCCGUUAACUGAUCAAACUGGCUUCCAAAGGUUAAUUGGAAGAUUGAUAUAUUUGUUAAAUACUAGGCCUGAUAUCUGCUUUGCUGUUCAUUGCCUGAGCCAAUUCAUGCACUCACCAAGACAGUCUCACUUAAAGUUAGCCCUCAGGGUUCUGAGAUAUCUAAAACUCUCUCCAGGUAAAGGAAUUAGUUUUACAAAAUCUAUUAAUAUUUCUCUAACUGCCUAUGUUGACGCAAACUGGGGUAAGUGCUUGUCAUCCAGGCGCUCGGUAACAGGUUUUUGCUUAUUUUUGGGUUCUUCAAUGAUAUCGUGGAAGAGGAAGAAACAAAGCACUGUUUCACGCUCUUCUGCUGAGUCAGAAUACAGAACCAUGGCCUCUGCUUCAUGUGAAGUGUUAUGGGUGUUAAAGAUACUUUCUGAUCUUAAUAUUUCUGAUUUAUUACAUGUUUCAUUACACUGUGACAAUAAAUCGGCCAUUCAAAUAGCAAAUAACCCUGUGUUUCAUGAGAGAACUAAACACAUUGAGAUUGACAUUCAUUUUGUUCGCGAAACUAUUAGUAAAGGUUUGUUAAAGAUUGAAAAAAAUUCUUUCCUCUGA